UCAUUUACUAGAUUCUUUAUUUUCAUUAGGGCUCCAAAAUGAUGAUGAUCUAAUUCUACCAUUCAUUCUAUGUUUAUUAGCAGGAAUACUUCUAUAAAGAAGAACUUUUUCUCAUCUAUAUAUUGGUUACCCCAAGAUACAGUUUAAAAGGAAUAAUUAUAAGACAUGAAUUUUAAUGUCUGGAAUAUCAAAGAGAUGCUCAGUAUUCCCUCAGGCUCUGGGGCCACUAAGUCAUCUAACUGGAAUAAUAAUCAGACUGAUUACUCUGGUCUCAGUGAUUCCCAGUUCCUUUUUGGAUCCCAGUUCUGUCCAGAAAGUUCAGAGACCCCGUCAACACCCUUGGACUUUGGUGUCCACUUGAGACAUCCAAAACAGUCACAACAGAAUUCUCUGGAUAGUGAACCUAGUAUUUUCAUAAAGUACCAAACAAAACCCCAGCUAUUUGGAAGAGAUACAAAAGAUGGAGGCUUAUUUCCUCUUCCUUUGUCAGUUGGAAAAUCAAAAGGCCUCUUGGAACAGUUUGAGGAGAAAAAGAAAACUGCAAAAGACAAAUGUGACAGUGAGACUCUAUACAAUUUCAUUUCCCAUAUCAAAGAAAGCAUUAACAGGUUACAGACAUCUGUGGAAAAAUUUGAGGAACAUCUCAAUUCCAGAAGCCAAUCUAUUUUGGAUUCUUUGGAAACUGUGGCCAAGACAUUGCAAGAGACCAUGAAGGCCCAGAGUGAUCUGGUGUUGGAAACAGUGCGGGACAAAUGCAACAUGGAACAGGCCAUCCUUGAGCUGCAAAAGAGAUUUGAAGGUAGACAAGCAGAGUUUAUAGAAAUGAAGUCCAACCUGAAGCACUUUGAAGUUUUAGUUGCUCAGCAGAGUAAGGACUUCCAGCAGCUGUAUGAGCAGCUAGGCCAGCUGAAUAUGCCCAGUGUCCUAGCAGAGCUAAAUCAAUUGAUCUCUGUCUCUCGGAUACCCAGACAUGUGAAGGACAGUGCUUCUCAGACUUCACCACCUCUGGCCCAGAGCCUCAGUUUCACCAGGCAGGAGAAAUAUGCCUCUGAGGAACCAGUUAUGUGGCAGGCCCAGGCUCUCCCUGCUGCAUGCAAUCUUAGUGUGGGCUCCUUGAGGCCUGGGGAGUCUGGCGUCUGGGGUGAGGGAGCAAAGAGUAGUGCUCUCCAAGAAGAGGCUGUGCCGCUGGCAGUUGGAACUGGCAAAAGAAACAGGCAAAUCAAGGACAAGGCAGUGCAGACUAACUGCCAGAAUUGUACUAAAACAGGCUCUGAGAAUGAUGGCUCUGGCAUCCUGGGCCACAAGAUGCCUGAAGACAGGGACCUGGUUUCCCAAGGAGCUUCGCGGCUUAUAUCCCUGGAUUUAAACAACUUUGCAACCAGCAUUAAGAACACCUGCCAAAAAUGUCAAGCCAAAGGCAUGUUUUCAUGUAACCCUUGUGAACAAAAGUUGGUGACUGAACAGAAAGGCAGAACUGUAGAAAGAGGGGGGAAAGGCAAGAAGCAGCCUCCCAGGAAAGCCCCCAGAAGCAGGCUCCUAGCCAGGAAGCAAGAACAAACCCCAAGCAAAACCUGUGCUUCCAAUUCUAAAUAUCCUCACCCUCCAGUUUCCAUCCCACAAAGGCCCCCCCAGGGGUGGCAGGAACCCGUUGCUCAGCCCCUGCAUCUUCAGGGCCCCAGGAGCCCCACAAAACCAGUCUGCUCUGCUCUGAGAGGAACAGUCAUGCCCAGUAAGACAGCAAGGGCAGUGCAAGGGAAUCUCUUGCAGUACAGGGGGCAUGCUUCCCAAGACAACAGCCUGCUUUCUCACAGUUCCCAGGGGGACCAACAGAUGAGCUGGUUCAGUGACCUCAGCAUCAGAAAAGAGCCCCCUCAGUGCAAGGAGCCAAGGAAGAAUAUGCUCUAUGACCUGGGUUUUGAUAGCAGUGAUGAUGGCUUCUGA